AUGCCUGAAAUAUUCGGUGAACCACUCGAUUCGUUCGUCCCCGACGACUUGACGCUCUCCCAGUUCUUCCUCGACUCCUACCACCCCCGUAGGCCGGUCCGAACAGAUUCACCAUGGCUCAUUGAGGACGAGACUGGGAGGCGCAUUGGAUUUGAAGAGCUGCCUGGCAACUUCAAGAUCCGUGCACGAACCUUUGGAUUUGCAAAUGGACUUGCGUUGCGCUAUGGUAUUAAAGAAGAAGACGUUGUCCUUAUCUUUAGUCCUAACCAUGUUGACUAUCCUCCUGCAAUAUGGGCUACGCACCGACUGGGUGGAAUUGUUUCCGGCGCGAAUCCGACGUAUACAACGGAAGAACUCUUACACCAGAUUCAGGCCGUGAAUGCAACUCUGAUAAUUGCACAUUCGUCCUCCCUCCAUACGGCUCUCGAUGCCGCACGCGCAGCCCGCGUACCUUCUGAUCGAGUUAUUACUUUUGGCAAAUCAACUCAGCCUACUGUGGAGAGUAUCAUUCAGCUUGGACUUAGUAAAGAACCUGCGUUUGUUGAACGACGAUUGAAAAAGGGCGAGGGCAAGACAAAGAUUGCCUUUUUAAACUUUUCCAGUGGUACAACAGGUAAACCCAAGGCGGUAGCAAUUGCGCAUUAUGCUCCCAUAGUCAACGUCAUUCAGAUAGCGCAGUAUACAAAGGUCAACGAAAACUAUGCUCCUUGGGAGGAGCAGCGGUUUAGACCAGGUGAUAUAACCGCUGGAGAUAUAUAUGGCCUCGUAUUCUCUAUUUAUGCGGUCCCAUUUUUUGGAAUGUCGCUGGUAGUCAUUACAAAAUUUAACUUCACAGAUUUCUUACAGAGCAUAGAGAGGCACCAUAUCACCCACCUGACACUCGUUCCGCCUCAGAUUGUGCUGCUUUGCAAGCAUCCAGCAGUCAACAAGUAUGACCUCAGUGCCAUUCGAUUCUUAAUUUCCGGAGCUGCACCUCUUUCAGCUGAGUUGGUGAACCAGCUCAUGAAAGUAAUCCCCAAUGCCCAAAUCGGCCAAGGUUACGGGCUGACCGAAUCUUCUACGUCGCUCACAAUGUUCUCGGUGGCUCAGAAAAUAGGUGUUCCAGGUGGCGCUGGAAAGUUUCUCCCGGGUGUAGUUGCCCGAUUAGUCAAGCCUGACGGUUCACUUGCUGGCUUCAAUGAGCCAGGCGAAUUGAGAGUGAAGACGCCUUCCUUAGCUUUGGGAUACUGGAAUGAUGAAAAAGCAACAAAGGAGACAUUUGUUGACGGAUGGCUUUGCACAGGAGACGAAGUUAUUAUACGUGAAGACAAGGAAGUUUUCAUCGUCGAUCGAUUAAAGGAAAUUAUGAAAGUCAGAGGAUUCCAAGUAGCUCCUGCCGAGCUAGAAGGUUGUAUUCUAGAUCACCGUGAUGUGGCAGACACGUGUGUCGUGCCCAUACCUGACGAAUACAGCGGAGAAGUUCCGUUGGCGUUCGUCGUGCUUCGUGCGUUCGCUGCGAAUCGCGUGGGAAAAGACUCUCGUGAAGCAGACAAAGUAAAGGCGUCCAUAAUGAAGCACGUCGCAGACAACAAGGUCGCGUAUAAGCAUCUAGCGGGAGGCGUGGAAUUUAUAGAUGUCAUACCAAAAAAUCCGAGUGGAAAGCUACUACGGCGAGUGCUUCGUGAUCGAGCUCGGAGCUUGAGGUCAAGAGAGGUCAAGGCCAAGCUGUGA